GAAAUGGCUACAUCGAAGGCAAAGAGCUGGAAAACUUCUUCCAGGAGCUGGAAAGCGCAAGGAAGGGGGCGGGUGUGGACGCCAAGAACGACAACUUGGGCGACAAGAUGAAAGAGUUCAUGCACAAGUACGACAAAAACGCGGACGGCAAGAUUGAGAUGGCGGAGCUGGCCCAGAUCCUGCCCACGGAGGAGAAUUUCCUGCUGUGUUUCCGCCAGCACGUGGGCUCCAGCUCGGAGUUCAUGGAGGUGAGCGGGGUGGGCUGCGCCAGGGCUCCCUGCGGGAUUCGGUCCCCGGUGCCCGGCUCCACCACGGAGAAACGCAUCAGGAGGCGGGAUGGGGGCAUCCCAGUUUGGAUGGUGCUGGUUUUGGGGGAAAAGCAGGAGUGUGAUGAGUUUUCCCAGUCCUCGGCGCUCCUCGGGCACCUCUCAGGGCAGCCGGGCACCUCGUCCCGGUCUCCAGACGAG